AUGGCUGGGUUCUUCUCUCUAGGUGGAAGGGGAGGUCAUCAACAACAAAACAAAGAAGACGAAGAAGAAAGAGAAGGUAAUAACAGUAAUACCAACCAAUUCCUGUUGAGGAACGAGGAGAUCUACAACAAGGGAUUCGAGAUAUGGCCGCAGCAGUCCUAUCACCCACACCAAAACUUGAACAACUACUACUCGUUCGAGGUGGGUCCUAGUCGCAGGAACAGCAACAACAACUCCUCCAACGUAAACGACGACGUCUCUGUCUCUUUCUCUGAUGACUCUACGAGGUUUGGGUUCACAGUCAUGAGGUCUGGAGGUCUAGGAGGAGGAGGUGGUGGCAUGAACUGUCAGGACUGUGGAAACCAAGCUAAGAAAGACUGUUCACAUCUCAGAUGCAGAACUUGUUGUAAGAGCCGAGGGUUUGAUUGCCAAACUCAUGUUAGGAGCACUUGGGUUCCUGCAGCCAGACGCCGUGAACGACAGCAACAACAACUUGCGUCGUUGCAGCCACAAAAUCAGCAACAAUUUCGGGGAGAUCAUUCUAAACGACAUCAAGGUGCUGGUGCUGGUGCCAGUUCUCUUGCUUGCGCUCCAGUACCUAUUACUACCACAGGGUUGGAAGUGGGGCAAUUUCCACCGGAACUUAACUCUCCGGCUGUGUUUCGGUGUGUGAAAGUUAGUGCAAUGGAUGCAAAUGAUGAGAGGUAUGGUUAUCAAACAGCUGUGAACAUAGGAGGGCAUGUUUUCAAGGGAAUUCUCUACGAUCAAGGCCUUGAUAGUCCUUACACUAGUGCACAUGGUGAGGGUUCCUCCGGUGGUGGUGGUGGUGGUGGUGGUGAAGCUCAGCCACUUAGUCUCGCAACCACCGCCACAACAAGCGGCAACCCGUUUGACUCUUCAAUCUACCAGCCUUCGUUGAAUGCUUUCAUGGCUGGUACGCAAUUCUUCCCACCCCCAAGAUCCUAA